AUGUUUGCAACAGGCAAAGGCUCUUAUACAUUUAAUGGUGCUGGUCAACAAGAAUGGCAAGUUCUACGUAAUACCAAUACAAAAUUUGUUGUCUAUGGGAAAAAUUUGAAUGGAAGUAUAAUAUCAUUUACGACUCAUCCAAAUACUUGUUCAUUGGAACAAAAAGAUCAUUUGUAUACAUUGACAAUGGAUACAAUUGAUUCAUCUCAAUCUAUGAUUGAACAGGCUUUCUUUACACUGAAUCUACCCUAUUAUGGUUCAACACUAUAUGUUUGUCUACAAUCACCUAAUACACCAUAUGCAUGUCAUCAAGGCGAUCGAUUAGCUUUAAAAUUGAUUGUUACUAAGCCUGUUCUACCUGUUUGGGUAACAAUUCUUUUCGUGUUAUUUCUUCUCUGUUUAUCAAGUCUUUUCUCUGGUCUCAAUUUGGGUCUUAUGUCAUUAACACCACAGGAACUUCUUGUCAUUCAAGAAGCCGGAUCACCCAAUGAUAGAAAAUAUGCUAAAAGUAUUUAUCCAGUACGUAAACGAGGCAAUUUUUUACUUUGUACAAUUCUUUUGGGUAAUGUUUUGGUUAAUUCAAUAACAACAAUUCUUCUUGAUACAUUAAUACAUGGAAUAUUGGCUGUAGCAGGCGCUACUCUUGCAAUUGUUAUUUUUGGUGAAAUUAUUCCCCAAGCUAUUUGUUCACGAUAUGGUCUUCUAAUUGGUUCGAAAACAAUUUUUCUUACCCGUUUUUUUAUGAUUUUAACAUCUCCUAUUGCUUAUCCUCUUGGUAAACUUCUCGAUCUUAUUCUUGGCGAUGAAAUAGGUGCUAGUUAUACACGUGAACAAAUGAGUGUCUUAUUGAAACAUUCUCAAUCACCUGAUAUUGAAGAUCGAGAGAAAAAUAUCAUGACCGGUGUAUUGAGUUUGAAAUCGAAGAAAAUUCGUGAUAUAAUGACUAAUUUAAUUGAUGUUUUCAUGCUCGAAGCUGAUCAAGUUGUUGAUGAUGAACUUAUUUUAUCUGCACAUGGUUAUGGAUAUUCACGUAUACCUGUUUAUGAAAAACAACGUGAUAAUAUUAUUGGUUUAGUCAAUAUGAGAGAUUUUGCUCUACUUGAUACUGAAUCAGGAAAAUUUACAGUAAGAAAUGUUAUGACUUUUUAUAAUCGUCGUUAUGGGAAAUUGAUUAUGCCUGAUGAUUCAUGUUAUGAAGUAUUUAAUAAACUUAAAAAAGAACAAUAUCAUAUGGGUGUGGUUAUUGAAUAUGAGAAUAAUAGUUCUCUUGAUCCAAAAGUAAGAGCAGUUGGUAUUGUUACAUUAGAAGAUAUUAUUGAAGAAAUGAUUCAAGAAGAAAUUAUUGAUGAAACUGAUGUGUUUACUGAUAAUCGUGGUAAAGUACGAAAUAAAUUAUCACAAGCACCCAAUUUCUCAGCGUUCAUUCGUCACACAAAUACAACUGAUGAUACAACGAAAAUAUCAGCUCAAAUGAAAGUUGCGAUUUUUCAAUUUCUUUCAACAAGUGUUGAACCAUUUACUUCCCACUUCAUAUCAUCUGAUAUUCUUGCUCGUUUAUUAAAUAUUCAACUCUAUCAAGAAUAUGAGUAUGAUGAAGAAAAAUUUAAAAUGGGUAAUGUCACGUACAUCUAUGAAUAUGGAAAACCGGUUGAUUAUUUUGUAAUUAUUCUUAAUGGACAAGCAGAAUUAAUAACUGGGAAAGAGAAAAUUGUUAGUUUAGUCGGUCCAUUUUCUUGCUUUGGUGUCAGUGCAUUACUUUGUAGUCCCGAUAGUACCGUAGAAGAUAUUUUACAUUCUAAAAAUCUUAAAUCUCGAUCAUUCGUACCAGAUUUCAGUUUACGAGUUUGUGAGGAUGUGCAACUUUUACGUAUUCGUCGUCGACAUUGGUUAGCAGCUGUUCGUGCAAAUUUCUUUGAAAAUGAACGAAAAAUCGAUGGUGGUGCAGCAAUGCUCAAUUCUAAUGGUGAACAAAUUGAUUUAUUAAUACAAGAAUUAGAAAAAGCGAAUUGUGUUGAUCAACUCGAAACAGGUAUUAGACCAUCAAAUGAAACAAAAGAAAGAACACGUAAACGAUCAAUGACUUUUAUACCAACAAUGAAUCCGAUACCUGUUAAAACAGAACCUAAAGGUCAUUUCAAACGACCUCGUUCAAGAUCUGGUUCGCAAUACGUUGAUAACAGUUCACCGGAGAUUCCAACAAUUUUAAAUCAUAGUACAUUGAAUUUAACUGACAAUCAACAUCAUCAUUUAUCUUCUACUGAUCAGACUUAA